AUGUCGUCUCCAAUGCGGAUGACUCGCGGCGGCGUCGACGAUAUCGCGGGGGACGGAUCGACUUCCGCAUAUCUCGACGCGGGCUCGCGCUUGGAACGUUUCGCCGCGGACGCGCGCGAUGUCUUCGACGCGCACGUGCUCUCGCGGCUCGACGGUGGCGACCUCGCGAUGCUCGCGCUGGUGAGCCGGAGUAUGCGCGACGUCGUUUUCGCGUCGCCCGUCGGCGACGUGAGGGACGUCGCCGCGGUGAGGAGGGAGCUCGGGAGGAUGCCGAACUUCGUCGGGUCGGUCAGCAGGUUGGCGUGGGCGAAGGAACAGCGAGGGUGUCCGUGGAACGCGAAGACGUUCACGUGCAUCGCGAGGGGUGGGAACAUGGAGGUCGCGAGGUGGGCGAAGGAACGAGGAUGCCCGUGGACCGAGUGGACUUGCCGCCAUGCCGCGCUUUGCGGCCACCUGGAGGUGAUGCAGUGGGCGCGAGCGAACGGAUGUCCGUGGACCGAGUGGACUUGCGCCUAUGCCGCGAGAGGCGGCCACCUGGAGGUGCUACAGUGGGCGCGAGCGAAUGGCGCUCCGUGGGACGCGAUGACUUGCGCCGAAGCCGCGGAAGGCGGCCAUCUGGAGGUGCUGCAGUGGGCGCGCAAGAACGGAUGUCCGUGGGGCAAUGGGACUGGUGCCGCAGCCGCGAAAAAUGGCCACCUGGAGGUGCUGCGGUGGGCGCGUGCGAACGGAUGUCCGUGGACCGAGUGGACUUGCGCCUAUGCCGCGAGAGGCGACCACCUGGAGGUGCUCCAGUGGGCGCGCGCGAACGGCGCUCCGUGGGACGAGUGGACUUGCGCCUACGCAGCGAGAAGCGGCCACCUGGAGAUGCUUCAGUGGGCGCGAGCGAACGGCUGUCCGUGGGACGAGAGGACCUGCGCCUGGUCCGCGCGUGGCGGCCACCUGGAGGUGCUACAGUGGGCGCGAGCGAACGGCUGUCCGUGGGACGAGAGGACCUGCGCCUGGUCCGCGCGUGGCGGCCACCUGGAGGUGCUACAGUGGGCGCGGGCGAACGGCGCUCCGUGGAACGAGGGGACUUGCGCCCAUGCCGCGGCAGGCGGCCACCUGGAGGUGUUGCAGUGGGCGCGAGCGAACGGCUGUCCGUGGGACGAGAGGACCUGCGCCUGUUCCGCGCGUGGCGGCCACCUGGAGGUGCUACAGUGGGCGCGGGCGAACGGCGCUCCGUGGAACGAGGGGACUUGCGCCCAUGCCGCGGCAGGCGGCCACCUGGAGGUGUUGCAGUGGGCGCGCGCGAACGGCGCUCCGUGGGACGAGUGGACUUGCGCCUACGCAGCGAGAAGCGGCCACCUGGAGAUGCUUCAGUGGGCGCGAGCGAACGGCUGUCCGUGGGACGAGAGGACUUGCGCCCAUGCCGCGGACGGCGGCCACCUGGAGGUGCUACAGUGGGCGCGCGCGAACGGCGCUCCUGGGACGAGUCGACUUAGACAGAGGAGUGGCCCCACGUGA